AUGAAGUGCAAACAUUUGUCGUCUAUAAAUUGCAUGAGACUUGAAACAACAUUACCUACAAACAUCAUAACUACCUAUUCACCUCUCUUCUGCCAAGUUGUCAUCAACAUGAAAACCCUCGCACUCUUAUUCACACUUUCCCUCUAUCUCCUUCCCAACCCAACUCACUCUUCCUUCAAUCCAAUCCGCCUUCCCACCGCCGACGUAGCAGUAGCGUCUGGCACUCCGGUGCUGGACACCGACGGAAACCAGCUCCAGGCCGGCGAAACUUACUACAUAACCUCCACCGGCAGCCCGGGAGCCCUCACCGUAGGAGUGCGAGUUGCCUGGUCAGAUUCUACAACAGAAUGCGUGACCAGAUUGCUCUUAUCGCGUCCUUUAUUGGACGGCCAACCCAUUAGGAUCAGGCCGGCGGACCCCAACGCCCCCGUCGUCUUGACGUCGAGUUUCCAGAGCUUCGAAUUCAUCACCGAUAUGACCCGGGUUUGUUUGGGUAAUGUCUAUUGGGGGAUCCGGUACGACCAGCCAACCGGCAAUUACCUCUUGAACACCACCGAGUUUGUCCCCAACCUUAGCAGCCAGUUCAAGAUUGAAGUCGUGCCGGAGCAUAACGCUUACAGAAUCACUAAUUGUCCGUUUGGCGGCCACAAUUGCAACAACGUUGGCUUAAUCGACUACAUGUUGCACCGGGAUCUGCGUUUGGCUCUUACUGCAAAUUCUUUUUUCUCUGUUGUGUUCAAGAAAGCUAGAUUGUGA